UCUCUCUCUCUGCGUCUCUCUCAUGCACUACUUACGUGCAACAAGUCAACCUAACCCCAAACCCCAGGAUCAAUACGCUAGACCAAGUAGUCCGAAGUGGCCUGGUAACUAUCGAAGUUCACAUGUGGGUAUACUCGUACAACAAGGACUUAAUGGAAUCGAGAGCUCGUGUUCCUACGUACUGAACGUCCUAAACGUAUCACUCUUUCAUGACACUCGAGACACAAGGCACCAGCCGCAACAGCGCCAUAGAGGCAUAGAGUGUCGGACCUCGUGUGAGAGAUGAACUGUUGUAAAGAUAGGACUGUUCCCGAUACUAGUCAGACUAGGUCUGCAAGUUUUACCACAUCAGAGCCCGAAGGAGAGGAAAACAGGGCUAGGCAGCAUGGAUGCAGUGGCUGUCCCCAAAGAUGGCUGCUGGCACUCGUGGGAUGUUUCGGAGGAAUCAUGGUGGAAUCGGGCAGGGCCGGUCUCAGCAUGGCGAUCGUGUGCAUGGUGAACGACACAGACAGCAGCGUCAACAACGCAGCUAACAGUUCAUCAAAAUUUACUGAGCAUGCUGAGUUCUACUGGUCCAAAACGGAACAAUCUGGAAUGCUCAGCGCUUAUUUCUAUGGUUACAUGGUUGUACAAAUCCCAGGGGGCUGGUUGGCUGGAAGAUAUGGCGGGAAAAACGUCAUGUUUAUCGGGAUGCUGAUUGGCUCGGUCGCAUCUUUGCUUCUACCAAUCGGAGCCCGGACUACAAAAUAUCUUGUAUACGUCCUACGAGGGCUUCUUGGCAUUUCACAGGGAGUGUACUUAUUCUCCAUGCACACAAUGUGGGGGAAAUGGGCGCCGCCAUUAGAGAGGACAAAACUACUGGCCGUAGCCUAUGCAGGUCCUAAGGUGGGGAGCAUAGCUGUCUUCGCCAUGUCGGGUUACCUGUGCAAGUACGGCUUCGACAAUGGAUGGGCUUCCAUGUUUUAUUUAACAGGUGGUAUCACGAUGAUCUGGUGCGGAGUGUGGUACUAUACUGUCGCCAGCACCCCGUCUCAACAUCGCCGCAUCUCACAAGUAGAGAAGGACCACAUCAUAAGGAGCAUUGGAGAGAAAGAGAACAAUCACAAGACGCCAUGGUGGGCCAUGGUGUCGUCUCCGGCCACGUGGGCGUGCGUUACCGGACACGUGUGUUUUAACUGGACAGCAUACACAUUAACCACAAAUACGCCUCUAUUUCUGAAAGAAGUGUUGAACUUUGACAUAACUGAGAACGGCCUUCUGUCCUCCAUGACCUUUGCCAGCCAGGCCGUUUCCGCAGUGUUGACAGGCCAGGUGGCUGACUACUUCCGGUCAAAGAAAUAUCUCAGCACCUCGGCCACACGGAGGCUAUUCCAAAGUAUCGCCUUCCUUGGAGCUGGUGCGUGUCUGAUAGCGACGGGUUUCGUGGAUGUUGAACACCGCUACGUCGCCAUAGCUCUGCUCACAAUAGCCAUGUGGUUUAUGGGGUUGUCAACGGCAGGCUACCUGGUCAACUUUGUCGAUUUCGCUCCAAGAUAUGCUGGAAUACUCGUCGGUAUUUCAAACACAAUUGCAUCAUUGCCAGGAAUGGUAGCACCGCUUCUUGCAGGUGCCAUGACUCCUCAUAUGUGCACCGGGGUCUAUACCUGAGCGUUGCCUGUCCCUUACAUCUGCUGUUUGCUGGUGCUUUCGUACCAACCUACUGAUUGUGGAAGGAUGAUGACCAACUUGGAUAGCAAUCUGUCUCAAAGACAUUCCAGCAUUUCUCAUGCCAAUUAUCUGCCAUCUUUUAGCAUUUCACAACUGAGGGGGACCCAUUUCAUCAGUUAUUGUCUGCUCCAGUGCUUUGGUGUGAUGACACGUUGUAAUGAUGAAUGGCGCAAACUUGCUUUUCAGAACAAGAGUGCACGUGUUCAACAGCUUGCAGCAGCACGUGCAUCGCGAAUAUCCAUUGUAAUCAUGUAGGGUGAGCCAUACACACCAACAGAAUCAUAUCUAUAAACCGUGCAUCAGUCUGUGAAAUAAUAUUUUAUAUUUUGGCAAUUGAUUCUGGUGUUGCGAUACUUUUUUCCAGGUGUAUAAUACAGGUGUAUACGCUAAGUCUGAGUAACAUUCCAGAGGCAACCAGGUAAUGAAAGUGGAUGAGUUGAUAAUGGGUUCAAAACACACGUAUUCAUGCUGCUUUUAGAAAAAAACCCGUAGCAUUGUUCGAUUAACUUCAACAUUUUACCAGUGGCAUAGAUAUCUAGUUUUGGUGACGCGAAUAAAGGUAUCUCAUGUU